UCACUCGCUCGUGUUUAUUGUUGGUUGGACUACAGAUUUUACCUGGGCGCGAGACGAGAGUUCACGUCAUGUGUUUUUUGCCGCGAGGUCAAAGUUGAACCAUGUUGAACUUUGACAGCGGUCAGCGGUAGUGCGGUAGAGGCGUGGUUAUGGGCGGGGAAGCGCCGCGUUCUGCUCUGCGGCAGCACGCUAUAGAAACAGUUGAAUCCUAUGGGGGUCAGCGCACCUUGAAAAUAUCUCAACUUUUUGCCGCUCGCUUCGCUUAGUUCGCGCUGCUACCGCUCCCAGAGUCCUCUGCGUGACACUGCCGCGGCUCUCCAUAGAAAACAGUGGGAGGCGGAGCGAAAAACGCUUCGCGUCGCUGCAGUGUGAACGUACCUAGAUCAAUCCUCUAGAAACAAUCGAAUCCUAUGGGGGUCAGCGUACCGCACCGCACCUACUGCGUGCAGUGUGUAAGCACCUUUACAGUAGCUCCUUCAUUAAAAAGUGAAAAUUACCCCCGGACCACCUAAGAGACUAAUCCAGAUAGGGAUAAAGAUGUACUAUUUUACAUCCCUAUAAAAUGAUCUUGCACCCCUAACCUCAUGGGCAAUUUUCUAUACACAGGUGAUCCCAAAUCCCAACACUGAUCAGCACUGGCAGAUUUGCUAUACAUCUAGAAAAUGUAAUUAAUGCUCUAUAAUACUAAAUAUUUAAAUUCUUAUAUAAUACUAAACAAAAGCCCACCAAACCCAAAAAAGAAUCCUGUCUUCCAGUCAUUUAGCAUCCCUGACCUCAGCGGAAAACAGCCCCGGUACUGAAAGCUGAAAUGAAUCACUGUGUUUGACAGGAUGGCAUCAUGUUUAGACUCUAUUCUGGGCUUUUAACUUUACCAGGAUAUGGCAACAUCUCUCUUUUAAACAAAGUCACACUGCAAAUAUGUCCAGUGCAUUGAAACAGAGUCUUGUCUAAUGGAUUGAGAGUAACGAGUGAGUGUGUAUGCGUGCGUGUGUGUGCGUGUGUGUGUAAGUCACCUGGGGCUGCUUGUCCAUGAAUGCUUUUCUGUAUAUAAGGCUCAUUGUAGCAGGCAGGGACCAGGAAGGCACUCCUGGGAGCCAGAUAAGAAGCCAGUGGACACCAGCACACUCUCUCACUUCCUCUCUGAUCCCGUCCUCUAAAAAAGAAGAAACCAGCCUACAGAUAACAGAAUGAAGAGCAUUUACACUUUGGCUGGACUCUUACUCCUCAUCACUGUGCAGAACAGCUGGCAGAUUCCCACUCAAGACACAGAGGAAAAUUCCAGCGUGACUUUAGAGGAUACGCUAUUCCACGAUCCACUGAAUAUGAAGAGGCACUCAGAAGGAACAUUCUCAAAUGACUACAGCAAAUAUCUGGAGACAAGAAGAGCCCAGGACUUCGUACAGUGGCUGAUGAACUCAAAGAGGAGUGGCUCCCAAACAAGACGGCAUGCAGACGGCACCUACACCAGUGAUGUGAGCUCCUACCUGCAGGACCAGGCAGCCAAAGAAUUUGUCUCCUGGCUUAAAACAGGGAGAGGCAGAAGAGAUUAAAAAAAGCUCCAUUCAGCAAGAGCGAGAGAGAGAGAAACACUUCAUGCCUUUCAUUCAGGAGAAAAUGGGAGGGGGGAAGAGAGAAAGACACUUUGCUAGUCCUGCUCAAACAUCAUAUUCCACUAUAUCAUGUUUUAUAAAGAACUGUCGUGUCAUUUUCCAAAAAUAAAUAUUUGCUAAAGCACUGUGA